CCCCGCCUUUCCCGCGCGCUAACGCGCGCCGCGGUCUUUUCCCAAAACCCGGAGAAGUGGAUUUUGCGCUCCGCACGUUCCCUCGGAACCGUAGUGUGGCCGAGCGAGUACAGGCUUGCCGGAGGGAAGGCUGGCCCAGGGCUGGGAGGAGGAAACCGGCCCCGAGCGGGAGAGGACGCGGCCCCAAGUCUGCGCCAGUGAGCGGGCCGCGGGCCCCGGCAGCUCCGGCCUCCUUCCCGUCGGGCUCCCUCUCCUCUGGGACGCGGGGCGCUAGGCCGCGGCGGUAGGAUACACCCCCUCCCCCCGCCCCGUGAGCAGUUCCCCUCCCACCCUUGCUGUCGCCUCGUCCCGGGCCUCCCGCCGGAACGCGGUGCCCCGCCCGCCCCGUCUCCUAGCAGCGCCGUGACGUGCACGCGCCUCUGGGUGGGGGGCCGCGGGGCCGCGGUGAGGGGCAACGCCCGAGGGGAGGAUCCGGGAGCCUGGGACGGGAGGGGUCGGGGGCCGCGGGGGACUCGGAGGCCUAGCCGCCCGCCCUGCUGGAGCCUGCUCCGUUUCGCCAUUCGAGGACCUCAGUCCCAAGCGCUUCCUGCUGAUACAGAGCCGUCCCUCCCCCAGCCUCCUUGACGUUCCCGGAGACUUAGGGCAGUAAUUCCAGAUCUUCAGUUGCACUUUUUGUUGGAAUUUUUCUGGAAGAACUGAAUCUGAAUACUGGAGGAUGUUUGUUCCAAGAUCUCUCAAAAUCAAGAGGAGUGCUAAUGAUGAUGGCAAAAGUUGUACAGCUAAGAAAAUUAAACCAGAUGCAGAAGACCUGCGGCUGGCUGAAGGCAGAGGUGAUAGAGCUGAUGCGUUAGUUACAAAAGAAGCCGAAGGGCGUAGCGUGGAACCAUGCCCUUUCCCCGGUACAACUGGUCAGUUGGCCGAGGUUGGUUUGGUUGGACCCCAGCAGGAUGCGAAGGAUAGCGAUCUUUCUGAAGAGCCUGUUAAGUCAUUUUCCAAAACGCAGCGCUGGCCGGAACCUGGGGAACCUGUCUGUGUUGUUUGUGGUCGUUAUGGAGAGUACAUCUGUGAUAAGACAGAUGAGGAUGUGUGUAGUUUGGAGUGUAAAGCAAAACAUCUUUUGCAAGUAAAGGAAAAGGAAGAAAGAUUAAAGCUCAGCGAUCCACACAAAGUGGAUUCUGGGCCAGAGUCUCCACUUAAUGCUUUUUAUGUCUAUAGAGAGCACCCCUUUAUUUCGAACCUUCAGGAAGACCAAAUUGAAAAUCUUAAAAGGCAGCUAGGAAUUGUAGUUCAAGGGCAAGAUGUCACCAGACCCAUUAUUGACUUUGAGCACUGCGGUUUCCCUGAGGCCUUGAAUCUCAACUUGAAGAAAUCAGGCUAUGAAGUUCCAACCCCCAUCCAAAUGCAGAUGAUUCCUGUGGGACUUCUGGGAAGGGACAUUCUGGCCAGUGCUGAUACUGGCUCAGGAAAAACAGCUGCUUUUCUUCUUCCUGUUAUCACCCGAGCUUUAUGUGAGAGCAAAACUCCAUCUGCUCUCAUUCUUACACCAACAAGAGAGCUAGCCAUUCAGAUAGAGAGCCAAGCUAAAGAACUGAUGAGUGGUCUGCCACGCAUGAAAACCGUGCUUCUGGUAGGGGGCUUACCCUUACCCCCACAGCUUUAUCGUUUGCGACAACAUGUGAAGGUUAUCAUAGCAACUCCUGGGCGACUUCUGGAUAUAAUAAAACAGAGCUCUGUAGAACUCCGUGGUAUAAAAAUUGUAGUAGUAGAUGAAGCCGAUACCAUGUUAAAGAUGGGCUUUCAACAGCAAGUGCUUGACAUUUUGGAAAACGUUCCUAAUGAUUGUCAGACCAUUUUGGUUUCAGCUACAAUUCCAGCUAGCAUAGAACAACUAGCAAGCCAGCUUCUGCAGAAUCCUGUGAGAAUUAUCACUGGGGAAAAGAACCUGCCCUGUUCCAGUGUGCGCCAGAUUAUUUUGUGGGUGGAAGAACCAGCCAAAAAGAAGAAAUUAUUUGAAAUCUUAAAUGAUAAGAAGCUCUUCAAGCCUCCAGUGUUAGUAUUUGUGGACUGCAAGCUGGGAGCAGAUCUCUUAAGCGAGGCAGUGCAGAAAAUCACAGGUUUAAAAAGCGUAUCUAUACAUUCGGAAAAAUCACAAACAGAAAGGAAAAACAUAUUGAAGGGAUUACUUGAAGGAGACUACGAAGUUGUGGUGAGCACAGGAGUCCUGGGACGAGGCCUAGACUUGAUCAGUGUCAAGCUGGUUGUCAAUUUUGAUAUGCCUUCAAGUAUGGACGAGUACGUGCAUCAGGUUGGAAGAGUGGGAAGAUUAGGCCAACAUGGAACAGCGAUUACUUUCAUCAAUAACAAUUCAAAAAGACUCUUCUGGGAUAUUGCAAAAAGAGUGAAACCCACAGGAUCCAUUCUUCCCCCACAGUUGUUAAAUUCCCCCUACCUUCAUGACCAGAAAAGAAAGGAACAACAGAAAGAUAAACAGACACAGAAUGAUCUGGUUACAGGAGCUAAUCUUAUGGACAUCAUUAGAAAACAUGAUAAAAGUAAUUCUCAAAAAUGACCUGUGAUACCACUGAACAAUUUUUUAUUGUGUAUUACCAGUGAAAUUUCUGUAUAAUUGUAUGGUUUGAGUAAAUGAGACAUGUACAUGAAACAAAAACAUUUAACAUAAUUUAAAUUUUUUGAAUUGAAUCUCAAAUUUAUACUGCAGUAUUGUAUUUAUUUCCCUUUUAAUUCUCAUAAAUUAAAAAAUCAGAAAAUGAAUU